GAUUAAAUUUCUCGACUAGGUUCACAUAAAUUUAAACUUCCAAACUCUAGGCUUUCUUUUGUAGCUAUAAUCAUUCAAUUUAUUUUAAUUUUAAUAAGUUCAGAAUACAGUAAAAUCCUUUAAAAUGCCACCUUUCUGUUGCGGUGGUCGCCGCUGUGCAGCAGAUAUAAAGCGUCGUAUGGAGGGAAACGGGGAGGAGGACGACGCAGCACUUCAACUCAGUCCAAUUACUGUUACCGAAGCAGAGUCUCCGUUGACAUUGAAGUUUUAUGCACGCCAUGAUUGGCCUUAUUUUAACUGCACCAACGAGGAGAUAAAGCGUAUGCGAAAUAAGUUUGAAAAGGAUGUGCAAAACUCUUCAGAGUCGGUCAAUGUUAGCCUGACAACUGGAGAGAAAGUCGCCAAAUAUGAACCAAAGCAUGCCACUGCCCAGCCGAUGACUGAGAAUCAGAUUUAUGGCUGGUAUCAGCAUCGAGCCUAUCGCUAUUUAAAAAAGGAUCGCGGCAUUUUCGUUUUCCCACGUGAGGGAGAUCCAUUGAUCAAGUUAAUUCAGGCUUCGAAUUGGAUGAACAGUUAAAGCAAUAAUUGUUCUUUUUCGGAUCAAAUAUUUUAGUGCAAAUCAAUUUGGGCACUGAGCUCUCAUUAUUUUUAUUUUGGUCCGCAUUAAUCCUAUGAACUUAUAAUUGCAGUAUUCAAACUGGAAUUUUAAGAAAGGAAAUAAAUAUGAGAUUUGAAGGAAAAAUAAAUAUACAUAUAAUUAUUGUUA